UGUACUGCAGAACCCCGAAGUACAGUCUCGAUUUUGUGAAAAAAAGACAAACAGAAAACAAAAACAAAAACAAAAACAAAAAUAUUAAGAGUAGAGUAAAGUCGUGUGAAAAUUUUACGAAAGGGAUCUCCUGUUUGUGGCUUCGUUCCAGCGCUCUCUGACGCUAACAUUGCAAACUACCGUGAAAACACAACUCCACAUUUCGGACGAACUGGCGUAUUAAAAUUCUUCAGGAUAAGUACAAAGCACAACAUUUCCAUCGACGUACAGGGAUCCCGUCCGUCCCUGCCCUUCAACUGCAAUGGUUCACGUCAAAAUGGUGUGGGCGGUGGCAGUCUGUCUGAUCAUCGUAUUGGUCAUUUCCAUUAAUUUUUUGCCCAACAAGACACAGUUUUUGUACAGGGCACGAGAGGAAGAACAAACAUGUGCCUAUAGUUCCGUUAACCUCUCGAUUUAUGCAGAAGGGGGCGAAAAUACGAGGAAGAGAUGCGACAUUCCUUCUCCCAAAUUAGUGGGUCGAACGAGCGUACGAGACGGCAUAUCAGAGGCGGAGGUCGAGGCCAACGUGACCAACGUGCUCCCAGGAGGCUCGUGGUGGCCACAGGACUGCGAGUCGACGUGGAGACUCGCCGUCAUCGUCCCCUACAGGAACAGGGAGGUCAUGGUCGGCCCUUUCCUCAACCACAUGCAUCCGUUUCUGCAACGCCAGCUGCUCAACUAUACCAUUUUCAUCGUGGAACAGUCUCGUGACAUGGAGUUCAAUCGAGCGAAACUACUGAACAUUGGAUACGCUCUUGCACAAAAGUUUGGGCCGUACGACUGCUACGCUUUUCACGACAUUGACUGCGUACCUAAAGACGAUCGAAACCUGUAUAAUUGCGCGGAUCAGCCAAGACACCUGGGGGUUGGGAUGGAAAAGUUCACAUACAAAAUCCCUUAUGACACGUUCUACGGCUGCGCCUGCCUGAUGACCGGCUGGCAGGUGGAGAAAGUGAACGGCUGGAGCAACAGGUACUUCGGCUGGGGCGGCGAAGAUGACAACAUGUGGAGGCGCAUCAAAGCCGAGAAAAUGCAGGUGUGGCGGGUGUCGGAUCACUUGGCCACGUAUGCCACUCUGAAGCACAAACAAGCCACGCUCAAUCCACGAAGGAUGAAUAUUCUCCGAACUUCAGAGAGAGAUUAUAAGCUGGAUGGCCUCAAUAGUCUUCAGUUCACGUUACUGAAUUCAACGCAUCGCAAACUAUACACGAAGUUCCUAGUGAAAUUAUAAUCUACAUUUUAGUUAAUCUGUGAUGACCUUUUCAUCACUAUCAUAAAAGUAGUGGACUCCCGAGAUUUACCUUGUGUAACCUGAUCUAAUAAAGAGUAUUCAUACA